AUGCCGACAGAUUCUGGAGAUAAGCCGCAACGGACAAGACGCGCGCACGCAAAAUCUCGUCGUGGAUGUCUGCAAUGCAAAAAACGGCAUCAUAAAUGCGAUGAAACACACCCUGAGUGUAAGAGCUGCUUGAGAUUCAGGGUACGGUGCAGUUUCAAAGAUGUACCAUCUGAAGCCUGUACGCCUGGUUCCCAAACUGAAACAACACCGGAUAUUGCAACGUCCACCUCGGAUCAAGGAUCAGACAACACCCUGGAUCUAGAGCUUAUGGCAAAUAUAUUCUUAGGUCCCUUACAUGACCUCUUUCGCGGUCAAGAAGAAAAAGGUCACGAAUUCAUCAAAGAACAUACCGCUCUGCUGUUCUCGAAGCGGUAUCUACUGCAUCAAGUUCUGGCCAUGUCAGGUCUACACUUAUUCUCCCAGGACAGAUCAAGACUUGAUGUCUAUCUACGAUCAUCCUACCACCAAAAAGAAGCAUUGAAUCUCGCUCAACCGCAUAUCGGAUCUGCGGCCGAGGACCACAGUCUUGCAAUGUUCUUGUUCGCUGGCUACACUGCCUCAUGUGCUUCGGCUGAAAUGGUGUUCAGCCAGAAUCACGAAGACGACAAUCCUAUUGAUAUAACGGUUCAUGCUUGGGGACUUUCUCGAGGUAUUGUCAUUGUCUCAACUUUGAACUGGUCUUAUAUACAAUCAUCUUGGGCUUGGCCGAUUAUUCAACAACAGAUCGAUGUAGACUCAGCUUUUGAAUCUCGCCCAAAGGACAUCCCGGCCUAUUCAAUGGUGAGAGCGCUGACUUUUGGAGUCCAACCGGCAGAAGAUAGGCAGAUCUGUCUGAAUGCCAUCGAGCACACUUUCCGAGCGAUUUCGCUGCUGCAGCAAUGUACCGAUCAACAACUUUGGAUCAAACUGGCUUCUUCUUGGCCGAUUGAGAUUGAUGCAAGACUUGAUGGUCUUGUUACUGAGCGCCAUCCUGUUGCACUGGUCAUCAUGGCAUAUUAUGCUUGCAUGCUGAAUCUCGUUUCAGAACUGUGGUGGGUAGGCGCUUGGCCGCAGACGCUGCUUCGGCAUAUAGUCGAUGCGCUGGGUGACGAAUGGACAGAAUUUCUUCAGUGGCCGAUGGAGAUCUUGACGCAUACACAAGCACACACACCGGUGGGGUCUCAUCCUGCGCAGUCUACGCCAAGCGGUUAA